GUUCAACCAACAGGUUCUUCCUGACGAUUUCCUAGCCCUGGGUUGUGGAUAAACUUAAUUGCUGUUCAGGUGUGCUUCUGUGCAGUCAUUCAGUGGUGGUGAUAGCUGAGUGAUAAUUAUAUUUCUUCCCACGACGGAUAACGUUGGAGUAAAAGGAAAACAUCUCAUUUUCUUCCAUCCAUCCUGAAAGCGUUUUGAUUAACGUGAGCCUAUUAGUCAUACACUCGGCAGACGACGACGCGACUGGAUCCAGUUGGCAGCAAACAAGAUGGAUUUCGACGAGUAUCGCCAACGGGGCAAGGAAAUGGUGGACUACAUUGCCGACUAUCUGCAGAACAUUCGCGAGCGACGCGUCCUUCCGGACGUCAAGCCCGGCUACAUGGCCCACUUGCUUCCGGAGUCGGCCCCCCUCGAGGGUGAACCCUGGCAGGCGAUCAUCGACGACGUCGAGCGGGUAAUCAUGCCGGGCAUAACGCACUGGCAGAGCCCCCACAUGCAUGCAUACUUUCCGGCGCUCAACUCGUUCCCGUCGCUGCUCGGCGAUAUGCUGGCCGAUGCCAUAAAUUGCCUGGGAUUUACAUGGGCAUCAUCGCCCGCUUGCACCGAGCUGGAAUCAAUCGUCAUGAACUGGUUGGGUAAGAUGGUUGGUCUGCCAGAUGAUUUCCUACACAUACCCGGCGUCAGCAAGGGAGGUGGGGUGAUUCAAACGACAGCCAGCGAAGCUACGCUCGUUUGUUUGCUGGCGGGAAGAACCCAAGCUAUUAGGAAAUUUCACGAGCAUACUCCCGGCCAGCAGGAUGCAGAAAUCAACGCUCGGCUGGUGGCGUACUGCUCGGACCAGGCCCACUCCAGCGUCGAGAAGGCGGCCCUAAUCGGAUUGGUGCGGAUGCGAUUCAUUGAAGCUGAUGAGAAUCUCACUUUAAGCGGCCGGGCCCUGGAGGAAGCCAUCGAGGAGGACAUCAAGCAGGGACUGGUUCCGUUCUGGGUCUGUGCCACCCUGGGAACGACGGGAGCAUGCGCCUUCGACAACCUAUCGGACAUUGGAGAUGUGUGUCUGAAGUACAAGGUCUGGCUGCAUGUGGAUGCUGCGUACGCCGGAAGUGCGUUCAUCUGUCCCGAGUUUCGUGUCUGGCUGAAAGGCAUCACCAAGGCCGACUCCAUCGCAUUCAAUCCUUCCAAGUGGUUGAUGGUGCACUUUGACUGCACUACGAUGUGGGUGAGAAACAGUAAAGCUUUGCACAGGACCUUCAACGUAGAGCCUUUGUAUCUUCAGCAUGAGAACUCCGGAAUGGCAAUCGAUUACAUGCACUGGCAAAUUCCGCUGAGCAAACGCUUCCGGGCGUUGAAGUUGUGGUUCGUUCUACGUAAUUUCGGAAUCAAGGGGCUUCAGAAGCACAUCCGUGAGGGAGUUCGCUUAGCACAAAAAUUUGAAGCUCUAGUUCUGGCCGAUCAUCGCUUUGAGAUUCCAGCUGCCAGGCACUUGGGGAUGGUCGUGUUCCGAAUCAAAGGCGAUAACGAACUGACGGAGAAGCUGCUGAAGCGGUUGAAUCACCGUGGGAAUCAGCAUGCCGUUCCGGCGUCCCUUAAGGGCAAGUACGUCAUUCGAUUCACCAUCACGUCAACCUACACCUCCAACGAGGACAUUUUGAAGGACUGGAAUGAAAUCAAAUUGGUUACAAGUGAGCUGUUGCAUGAAUUGGAUGUGAAGAUUGUCGACAGAAGAGUUCCACUGAAAGAUACCCGCGAGAAGAAUGAAGCAUUCGGGUCGAGUCUGCUGCUGGCCAACUCGCCAAUGUCCCCAAAGAUUGUCAAUGGAUCCUUUGCUGCGAUUUUCGAUGCCGAUGAGUUUUUGGCCAAGGUCUACGCUGGAAUUCGGAUUUCGAACCAGGAUUCACCGGCCAUGCGACGCCGCGUACGGGGAAUCCUCAUGUCCGGCAAGCAGUUUUCGCUCGAUUCCCGGAUGGAUCUGGUCGUGCAGGGAAUCAGUCCGAACGAGGUCAAGAACGGUAUCGAGUCCAAGGCCAUUACCGAAGACUGUGAAGAGGUUUGGGAAGCUUGUGAGCAGAUGGAAGCUGUAGACCAAGAUAUUCUGUUCGAGAAUCUCGAUACCCAGUUCCUGCUGCCGAUUCCGCUUCCCCGCCAAACACCUCCGUCGUCUCCACGCCGCCAGAUCCGGUCUCAAAGUGUGGAUGUCGGCAUGAUUCGUGCCCAAAUUAGCCAACAUAGCCAUACUUUAUUCAACCACCUGGACAAACCAACCGCCUGCAGUAAAUCCGAACCAUACUGUUCCGUCGAUUCGCUGGUUUCCAACGCCAGCUCCGUCAAGGCAUCGUUCGAAUCGAACCUGGACUCGAUUGACGAAAAUAGUUCGGUGAAGAGCUUCAAGCAGGGACCGAGCUCGAAACGUCGCUGUUCGGAUACUAGUCACCUGUUUUCGCUGACCAAACCCAACGUUUUCCCCGAGAAACGUCAAUCGGAGCCCACGAUUCGGUAUGCUUUCUACAAUAAGAGCUUUGAUAUGCUCAGUCCGAAGCAGCCGGCCAAACGGGUCCUGUCUCAGAAUGACAUCGCGAGGAAACCUUUCCGCAGGCAAAUCUCCACAAUUCACGAGUUGAUCAGUGACGAAGCCAUGCGGGAUGGGGAUCAGGAUUGGAAGAAGCUGAAUCAGAUUGCACCCAAAUUUCAGUGUUGCAUCUCGAAUGAGGACGGGCGGUGUAUCAACUUUGACCCGGUCUACCACAAUCACGAAACGGAUCUGAGCGAAGAGGAGCUGAUGGGCGAUGUGCUGGAGUUUGAGGAAAACUUUGUGGAACGGUUAGAACAGAUCUGCCCGCAUCAGGAGCCCAUCGAUUUGGAUAGCAUCGAAGAGCAUGGCGCGCGGCCGACGGAAGUGGACGUGAAUUGGCGGAACUGGAGGACGAGCUACUGCGACGACGAGAUUAUCUACGAGAAUGUUAAGGUUUGCCGGAAGUGUGGCCAUCAUACGGUCAAGUUAUAAUAUAUAGGAGUUUUCAAAUUGAUAAGUGUUGUAGUUGAAGCAGCCGAUUUAUGAAAUCUGUUUUGUAGAAAUUACUGUAGCAAUAUCGAUGUUGAUCAAAUCGCUUUCAAAGGUUGUUAGUUACAGGAAUUGUCUUUGAAGGAGUCUCAAAUAUCACCAUUAAUACAAAAAAAAAAGAAAAUGAUCAAAACUAUUGUAAAUCUUCAAAUUGAACAAAUCCAAGAAUAACAUCUAUCAUUCACGCGCCCUGAAAUGCUGUCUGCUGUGCAUGUCAAUAAACAUAUAUCCUGUUACAAUUAGCGCGGUUCACCCGAAUGAGCAUAAGCCAUGUUAAAGCUUUUAGUAUUAGGAAAUGAAACCAAAUAACAAAACAAAAAUAGUACAUGUGCUAGCAUUAAGAAACAUACCAUGUAGCCAUAUAAGGAAGUCAAACUCCCCAACCAUACUCCAUCAUAAGCAAAACAAGCCUCUUAGUCAUGCCAAUAUGAAGUCAACAAAAUAUUGCUCUGUAAAGCGUUGUUCGUGGAAAAUAACAAAACUUCCUAAUUGCUCGCGUACCACUGCAUGUGCAUGCCGAAGAGGUGUAACAAAUCGUAACCAAUUAUACACAAAUAAAGCAAGAAAGUCGUUGAACUGCAGCAA